AUGGCGACCACAGCAGAUGAGGCAGCUGUAAAAAAUGUGGUGGAGAUUACAUCGCGUAAUUCUGAAGAGGAUAGAUUCUUGUUUCGCGAAGCACUAAAGGUUCACAAUAACAAUGUCGAGGCAGUUCUUGGUGAAUACUUCAGUGGAGAUCAUGAUUCUCCUUUCAUGUCCAAGGACCAGAUCAAUACCCGAAUGACGACCCGUGUAGACGUCCCAACCACCCAAGAGCAAGCAGAUGAGCAGCUCAGGAUUGCGAUGCAGCAAUCAAUGAUGCAGCACACAUCCGGGGCAGUAACCCCCCAGGAGAGCGGUGUUGUGGCUGGAGAUACUUCUCUGCAGCAGUUUGGACCUGCCAAUCGCCCUCACUAUGAGCAGGACCAGUGGGCUGUGGUUCUGGCCAGCAAGAUGGCUGAAGAUCCAUCCGCCUUGGCGAGAAAACGCGAUCGUAAUGUCCCCGUCUACCUCGCCUGCCGAUUCCAACAGUCUGCACAGAAGCACCGCCUUGGUCCGCUUAUGAUGCUCCUACAUGACAUCCCUGCCGCCCGGAACUUCUUCCUGCUCCUCGAGGGAGCACCCCGAUCCUACGGUCACGACAAGGACUGGUGGAAGGGCACAAACAUCAUCAGUCCUCAGGCAAGCGGCCAAGACUGGGGCGGCGACGUCCCAGGCGUCAGCCUCGUUGAUGAGCUGCAGCGUCUUAUAGCAUUCCUCGAUGAGACCGAUCGCGCAUACGGCACAGCUGACUCCCUUUGUGCCAACUAUUUGAUCAAGGAUACGUGGGGAGAUCCAACAAUCAAAUUCUACGAGAGCUUGUACAAUAGCUCAAACUCGCAGGAAUAUAGCCGCAUGUGGACCAAAGUCAGAGUGGACGACUCAAUCGCCGAUGAGUCGCGAACGCAGGAAUUUGCGAUCUUGGAGGUCAGAGUCCCAAACGACACGCCGGAAGUGUUUUGCAAUCUAUACAAAAACAACUGGUCGGGUUCUCAGAAUGAUGGCCUGAGCCAGAUCGCCUCAAUACAGACGCCUGCACAGGUUCUGACCGUGCGUAUCAGCACUGAUGGCUUGCCUAUCGAGGUUCCAGAGGUUGUCUAUAUCGAUAGGUACCUUGAGAGCAAUGUGGAGGCUGCUCGCGUCAUGCAAGACAAGAUCUUCCGUAUGUGGAAAGCCAUAGAUCUGGCAAAGGAGAGGGAGCUCCAGCACACCCUUUGGACAAACUCCCAGACUGGGCAGGUUGUGGACAAGACCAAGAUCAGCAAGACCACCAUUGAUAGAACAGAGACUUUGAUCUGGCGAAUUCGCGCGACUGCCUUGUGGAGGAUGCACGAGAAGUCUAUUGGUACCGACGAGAAGAUACCGUAUCUACCAGAUGAACUGAGCCAUCUCGCUGAGCUGGACGAGGAUGAACAGAAAGCCGUCAGACAUUACGAAGCUACGAUCGCCUUAGCCAAAUUAGAUUUGGCGACAGUCGAUCAGAAACUAGCCCGUGUCAGAGCCGAGCGAGACGCCUGCUGCGCCCUCCUCCGGCAGCUCAACAAGGUCUGGACACACCCUAGCGAGAAGCCAGAUUCCAAUCCCACACAUAAGUACACGUUGCGCGGAGUUAUCACAUCGCCCGACGUAAUCUACAUGUGUCGAAGAGAACGGCCUGAGCCUGUUGAGAUUGAAGGGCAGAUGGAAGAUCGGUGGUACCGGGUGGCCUGGUGUGCUGACGAUGAAGUCCGUGUGAAGCAAGAUACGACAACUAUUGAAAAGGUCAAGGAAGCGAUGUUUACCGAACGGAACGCAGACGGCAACAUAGCUCCAAUCCUUGUCUAUGCGACAGACGAGGCGUUACAGGAACCAAUCAUUCCUCUCUCCAGCGCCCUCCAGACCUUUAUCAAGUUCGACAAUCGUCUCUUCAAGCAGGAUCAGCUCGAGGACAAUUCGCAAAGCGACAAGAAGCGAGUCGCCGUGCGUUCCCCUCAGCCUUUAUUAAAACGGCAGCGGAGUGACAGUGCCGACUCUAUGGCAACCAAUCGAGCCUCUAUCGGAGAUUUCAGCGAUGGCGAGGAGCGUGCAGCCCUACUGGCCGACCAGUUUGAGCAUUUUGGAGGUGUCGACGGCAGUAUGGAGGCUGAGAUGGCCGAUAUGAGGACCAUCUCCGAGGAUGAGAUUGCUGCUCACAUGGUUCCGCCACUUACUCCUCCACUGUCAGGUGACGACGCCAGUGAACAAGAGUCGCCUGGUCUACGCAGGUCCUCUGAAAAACUAGCCAGGUUGUCACUGGACGAGCAGAGCGCAUUGGAAGGGGAGCAGCAGCAGGCGGCAGCCAAGUCUCCCGAGAUGGAGGAGCUCAAGCAGCCUUUUAUCGUACGUCGGCCUGCCAGCGCCCUAGACAAUCGCGUCUCUAUCAUUGAGAGACCCAUGGAGAUCGAUGCCAACCUGGAAAUUCCUGGUGUGAGCCCCGAGGAAUACUAUCACCAAUCUUGCUAGAAGGCAAGCAGUCAUGUGGUCCAGAGGGGCAUGACGAUGAUGGCUGUGCACUGAGACCAACCUUUGCGCCAUUGGACGUUUGCUUACCAGAUGCCGGGAGGCAAGAAUUUAUUCUUAUUGGCAAUUGGUGGUGUUUGUCCCACAGAGCACGUUUUGGUUUGGACAUUUGCAAAUAGCGUUUGCAUUAGACGAGUAUUGCAUUAAUGGGUAUGAGACCAACGAUCGCAUUGACGAUGCAAUAUCAUUACCUAACAAUACAGAGAGCAAAAAGAAGAGGAGGACCCAGAAAAUCGCGACGAAGCCAGACAAGGCUAGGAUAAUUAGUAAGAGGUAGUGAGCAGCACGAAGCAGGCCUUGACCCGCGUACAGCAGGAGGUUUCUUUGCGAGAUAGACUGUAGGCAUCAGGUGCGAAGCAUGGCAUGA